CUCAAUAGUAGGAUGAACUAGCAAUUCAGUUUUUUCAGACAUGGUGCCAGACUUUAGAAGACUGGUAGGCUUUGUAGAAUACUCUUUACCUUUCAAGAGCAAACUUAGAAGAUAAUCAAAAUGGGAGCAUUUCUUCGGUGGACUUUUUUCUUCAUGCUGUUGUGUAAAUCAUUUGCUGAUUUACAGGACUGCCUUGACGUCAGCCUGAUAUGCCACAGUAAUGCGGAGUGCAUGAAAACGAUUGACGGGAUCGCCAUGUGCGUGUGCAAAAGCGGAUUCAGCGGGAAUGGACUCCAGUGCAGUGACAUCAAUGAGUGCGUCAUCACUCCCAGCCAGUGCCACAGCAAGGCAACCUGUGUGAACACCCUAGGAGGGUACAACUGUCUGUGUACGUCUGGCUACACUGGCAACGGAUUUACAUGUGAUGACAUCAACGAAUGCCUGUUAGACAAUGGCGGGUGUCACAGCAAUGCCAUCUGUACCAACACAGCCGGAGACAGAACCUGCAGCUGCAGUCCUGGCUUCACUGGGAAUGGAUUUACUUGCAAUGACAUGAAUGAGUGCUCCAAAACAGGGAUAUGCCACUGGUAUGCAACAUGUGACAACACCCUGGGUUCCUACAUUUGCACUUGCAAUAAAGGGUUUAAGGGCAAUGGAAAUUAUCUGUGCUUGGACGUAGAUGAAUGCACUGAGAACCCAGGAAUCUGCUCGGCAGCCUUCGGGUAUCAAGGGUGCAAAAACCAGCCUGGCUCUUACACAUGCACGUGUGCCCAGGGAUACCAGAACAAUGGAAAUACCUGCACUGACAUCAACGAGUGUGAAACCAACUUUUGCAGCCCGUUUUCAAGCUGCAUCAACCUUCCCGGCACUUACCGCUGCACCUGCAAACCUGGCUUUAGAGGAAAUGGCUUGACAUGCGUAGACAUUGAUGAAUGCACUGGAGCCAAUGGCUGCCACCCUAAAGCUAACUGCAACAACUUUCUGGGGAGCUAUAACUGUUCCUGUCGUCCAGGGUAUCUGGGCAAUGGAUUCUCCUGUAUAGAUAUCAAUGAGUGCUCUGUAGCAAGCAUGUGCCCCACUGAAGCCAAGUGCAUUAACACUGAUGGCUCCUACCGGUGUGGCUGUGAUCAAGGGCUUGCCUUCAAUGGCAGCAACUGUGAAGACAUUGACGAGUGUGCUCUUAGCCUCUGCAGCCAGCAUGCCACUUGUUUGAAUCUCCCCGGCUCCUUUUCGUGCAAAUGCAACAGUGGGUUCAGCGGGAUUGGCACCAGAUGUGACGACAUUGAUGAGUGCCUGGUAAACUACGGGCAAUGCCACUCUGAAGCUGCUUGCAACAAUCAGGUUGGUGCGUACACGUGCACCUGCAAAACAGGUUUCUCUGGUGAUGGGGUUUACCAAUGCACGGAUGUAGAUGAAUGCAAAGUUGACAAUGGUGGCUGCCUUAACAAUGCCACUUGUACAAACACUUUAGGAUCCUUUUUAUGCCGGUGUGCCGGUGGAUUUCAGCUCAUCAAUGGUACCAUCUGCCAAGACAUUGAUGAAUGUGUAACAGGUUCUGGGCCUUGCCAGUCUAAUGAACAGUGUGUUAACAGCCCAGGCUCCUAUCAGUGUCUGUGCAAAAGGGGCUUUUCCAAAGCAAAUGGAAUAACCUGCAUGGAUGUAGAUGAAUGCCUCGGUAAACCGUGUGAUGCCAAUGCUAUUUGCCGCAAUUCGUUCGGUUCAUUUACCUGCACCUGCAAUGCUGGGUUUGCAGGACAAGGAUCCAUAUGCACAGAUAUCAAUGAAUGUAACCUCACCAGCUUUUGCCACUCAGACGCCACCUGCAGUAACUUUCCAGGAAGCUACCUGUGCAAGUGUUUAAAAGGAUUCAAUGGAGACGGGCACCUGUGUACAGAUAUAAAUGAAUGCUCAAUUAGGAAUGACACCUGUCCCCAUAGCACAGUAUGCAUCAAUUCUGUGGGUUCAUAUGUUUGUUCUUGCUUAAACGGCACUGUGGCAUAUGACAGUAGCUGUGAGCUGCCAAGCUUGAGCUGCAAGCCAGUGUGCCACCCCAAAGGGUUGUGUCAUCCAGCUGGACUCACAUACCAGUGCAUCUGUGAUGUUGGAUUUGAAGGGAAUGGAUUAAGCUGUACUGACAUAGAUGAGUGCAAAGAGAACGUCUGUCCAGACAAACAGACAACAUGUAUCAACACUCAUGGAUCAUUUAGCUGUGUCUGUAAGUCAGGAUUCAGCCAGAAUGGGUCAUCGUGCAAAGAUAUUGACGAGUGCCUCACAGGAGUUGAAAAGUGCAGUCCGUUCGCACAGUGUUUUAAUUCCAUCGGAAGCUACCUCUGUCAGUGCCUGAGCGGGUUCAGUGGGGAUGGGUUACACUGCUCUGACAUUGAUGAAUGCCAAACACAAAAUGGAGGAUGUCACCCAUCUGCCACCUGCACUAACACUGCUGGGACGUACUGCUGCACGUGUCCUCAAGGAAAGGCGGGCAACAGUUUGGAAUGUGGACGAGUGUGCAGACGUCGCAGUUAGCAACUGCAGUGAGAACGUACAAUGUGUAAACUCAGUGGGAUCUUACAAGUGUGAGUGCAUUGUUGGUUUUGAAGGGGAUGGACAUUCUUGCCAAGACGUCGAUGAGUGUGCCUUCCCU